AAAAAAUUGUAACGUGCUGGAAAUUAAUGCCUGGAAUCAAGCGUAAGUCUUACAUGCCACGUGGAUAAGUAGCUGAAUGAGUUUGGGAAAGCCUAAACUAUCUGUAACUUUACAUUACUAAUAUUUCAUUUAAUUCAAAAAAAUAAAAGAAUGUCUGACUUGUUUACCGACGAGUCCCUAUGGUAACAUAUGUGUCGUCAUAAGUUUUCAUGGAUAUCAAGCGUAUAUCAAGAUCUGUAAUGUUAUUGAAACUUGAAUGUAGGUUGCAGAUCAAUUUACAUAAUUAAAAAUGAAAUAUUUAAUAACUUCUUGUCCAUCACGUAUCAAUGAAUUUUGUCAAGAUAUAUAAGAUUUUAAAUAAACGAUUCAGGUUUUCGAAAUUAAAACCUAUUCACAACCUUUUAAAAUUUCCUUGCACUAAGAUAACACACCACAAAGCAAUCCAACUCAAUUAAACCCAGCCGAACGCGACGCAACAAGACGUAAUAUUUAUUUUCCUACCAUAAAAAAGUUGAAAAUUUAUAGUGUAAAAAAUUACUUCAUUGAAUUUGUUUUAAUUAGUGUAGAUUGUUAGACAUGAGCUCAGCAACCACUUGCCACAACACACAUGGCAAAACAGUUUUAUCAUUCUUCUCAGCAACAGUAUCUGCAGUGCUACUUGUUACCACAGCAACCCUCAAUGCAUUCAUUCUGUUGGUAUUUGUUCGAAAUAAAUCUCUUUGGCAGAAAUCCAUGUUUUACAAGUUGCUGUUGAAUAUAACAGUCGCAGAUUUCUUAACAGGUGUAAUCGCUGAUCCAGUUUCUAUAAUGUUCCAUACAAAAGAAGGCUUUGGGAACUAUAUGACGAAAGAAGAAGUUAUUCUUGUACAUUACACUUUGUUUUCUUUUAACGGAGUGUCCAUUUUAACAAUGUCUCUGUUGUGUAUUGAUCGAAUUGUUGCAUUGCUGAAGCCAUUGAAGUACAGAAAUGGAUUAGAAGAUUGGAAAUGCUAUUUGAUGAUAUCUUCAACAUGGAUUUUGGGAAAUUUACUGGUGAUACCAUAUUUUAAAAUUGGAUAUAUCAAAUAUUUAGCAAUAUUUUCAUAUUUUACGGUAACAUUUGCAGCGUUAAGUUUGUUACUUGUAACUAUGGUAUACAAAAAGUAUUUCACUUCCUUCAAUAAAACUGUAAGGCCGCAUGAUUGCAAUGAAUUCAAAAGAAAUACAGAAACAGACGAAAACGUAGUUCAUGAACAUACGAAUGACUCUAAUAAUAAAGAGGAUGGAGAUAUCAAUGAGUGUAAGUUAAAGCCAACAAAAAGUAAUAACAAGACGCAUAAAAUGUCGUCAUCGGAAAAACGUGUCAACAAAUCAUUCAUCACGUUGCUAGUAGUGUUUGUAUUGACGUAUUUGCCAUCGGUUGUUAUGACAACGUACAUGAACCUGUGUCAAGAUUGUGACUGCAUGUUUAUUCACGUUUUAAGAGAUUUGACAUUGGUCUCGAUAUAUUCUAGUGCUCUUUGGAGACCAUUGAAUUUUGUGAUUCGUCUGAAGACCAUACGAAAGGAGAUAUCGACUUUACUGAAUUGUUCGUCCUAACGAAGACAGUUACGACAUAUUCUUUUACAAAUCAAUUUAACAAUAUUGAUAAAGAAUUGAAAUGAGAACACAUCAGUGUAUGUCGUGUAUAAUAAAGUAUAAGAGUUCUUUUUACACAGAAAAAUGUUUUAACUACUAUCAAUUAGCUACUUCUUGUUGUAUAUAUCUCUAAUCAAACUUUUUAAGUCAAGUAAAUAUGGCGUUGAUGUAGCUUUAUCGCUACAUACCAGCUCAGUGCACUUUCUUCAUGUAUUUUUUAUCAAUAGGUUUUUUGUAUUCACUCUUCUUUUAUCAGAUUUGCAAGAACUUAUUACGUUUCACAAAUUUUCAGUUCUAAAAAAAAUUUUUUGUUGGAUAAUCUUGCAUAAUAUGAAAAAGUACGCAAAAUGCCAAAAAAAAUUCAAGAACAUCCAAACAAAUUAUUUUAGUGACUUUAUCAAUUUUUCCAAAUAAUUGACAGUCUUAUACAACUGCACUUUAGAUGGCUCCACAUGAGAGAAGUCACAUUAGAUUUAAAUGGCGUAUAGGGGUCUUACUCAAAAAAAUCCAAUAACUGUUACACAAAUUGUAUAUAUAUAAUAAAUAUUUAAAUCAUUGUAAAUAUGAAUGGUUUUUUUAAUUUUUUUUUAAAGGUGUAUACAGCGAACAAAAUGCAGAUAUUCUCAAGAUACUUACGACCUGA